AUGCAGAUCGACCCGGCAGCUUUGAGUCGACCAGAUUCGACUUCGGCUGCUGUUUCAACGUCCAAGGCUGUCGCGUCCUCAGCGGCGGCCUCGCAGAAGGCCACCAAGGCCCUGAUAUCUGUGCCGCGUCUGGAUCUGGAGGCUGUCUAUACGGACCUCAAAGCCGCUAUCGGUGACAAUUGGGGCGAGUACAAGCACGCAACAACGCUGUUUCUGCUAGGCCAUCUCAAUCAAGACGAAUUCUCCUCGCGCCUUGACCACAUCAUUUGCGCCGAGCCCAGAACCGAACAUCUACAUAACAAUUUCAUAUGCGCGCUCAUUGGCAAUCUCUCAAGAGACCUUCCAGACCAUGGCGUUGCAAGCUGGGUAUCGGCAAACGACAAGCCCACGGUGGUGUCGAAGCCGGUGUCUAGCGACCUGGCGGAGCAGAGACUGAAGACCGAGGUGAUGCAAUUACCUCCGCGGGAUCGCAAAAGGAUCAAAGCUAUUCCUGAGCCGGAUCCGUACGAAUUGCCACCAAAUGAGCUCGAGCUAUACCAUCAAGCAAAGCAAAUCAGAUUACCUACCCAGGUUCCAGCAAGUGCCGGCGGUUUAAAUAAGACAAAUUGGGAACUUGAAAUCAGAAAACGUUAUGCUCAACCACUCGCCUCGGAAACCGGCGAGUUUCCCGACGCAGAAUCAAUACAUUCACGCAUGGUACCAAUAUGUUAUGAAGAAUCAGUGGCUAGCGGCGCUGGCUUCCCCUGCGCCGAGUUCAUGGCCAUUGCGACGGAAACCUUUGUCAAACAGGUGUUGUCGAGUGUAUUCUCUCGUACCAGACACAACGGCCCCUCUGGCACAAUCAAUAGCAUGAUGACGCGGAAAUACCGCAGACAACUGGAGCGUGAAGAGCUAGCUUUCACUCGAGGCGAGAUAACCAAGGAUCUCGCAACGGGUCUUUUACCCGUUGAAGCAAAAGAGGCGAGGGUCAGACAGCCGUUGGGAGUGAAGGAUUUGAGACUGGCGCUUAAUCUGGGCGGUGCGCUCCUUGGUCAGAUGCCUUUGGUGGUUGAUCAGAUUAUGAGUACGUAUGACGAAGAUGAACUUGAACUAGAACGACAGGGUUAUGUCGAAGAGAUGCGAGAGAAAACCGGUGCUAUCGAUGGCACCGAUAAUGCUACGAUUAAAGCAGCAGAGACUAAUGGAGUCGACGCCAUGGAUAUUGAUGAAGAAUGGGAGUGGGAAGGUGGCACAAUGACAGAUAGAGAGCAACUCAAUUCUCUUCUGGACGAAUGUCUAUCACUGGCUGCAUGA